ACCAGUAUUCACAUGACUAUGUGGCUCACUAUGUGGGAACUUGGCAUAAUUUUGUUAAUUUUUGCUCUAAACCACAACAUUCAGGCCCAAACAACAAAAUCAGCGGCCUGCAGUCUAACGUCAGAUGCAGGGACGGGAUCUGAGGCCGAGGUUAGGGUUUUUAUGUUCUACGAUGCAGAAAAAGACAACUGUUUUCCGUUCCGAUACUCUGGGAGUGGUGGAAAUGCAAACCGUUUCAUAACAGAGAGGCAGUGCAUGAGAAACUGUUCACACAGAGCUGAUGAACUCUUUCCUAGGGACGAAAGUCAAGCUUGCCAUCUUCCAAAACAGCCAGGGGAAUGUUUCGGUCACUAUCUCCGUUAUUACUACAGUCCUGAACAUCACACAUGCAAGUCUUUCUACUGGACCGGCUGUGUGGGCAAUGGAAACCGAUUCCUCACACUGAACUGGUGCAAUGCUACAUGUUACAAUGCAGCAGAUGAAGGCCUUGAAGACUAUUCUGGUGAAUCAGAUGUACCAGUCGGAAUUAUCUUGGGCGUUGUGUUUGGUCUUAUUGGUGCCGUUAUUCUCAUUGUGGUGAUUGUCUUUGCUGUCAAGAAUAAGCCUAGCUCGAAGAAACGUGGGAAAAAAGAUGGAAAGUCUGCCGAGAAACCACUGAAAGAGCAGUCCAUUGAGAUGGGAGGAGGAGAAGCACAGCCAGCCACUCUCGAAGUCUCUACAAUCCAAUCCUAAAUUUUAAACCACAAAUGUACAUUGAAACUUUUGGCCAAAUAUUGUUUGCAUUUUUUUUUUUAAAGAUGUACAGGUAAAAAUAUUUGACUGUAAUAAAAAGGUACAUACAUAAUAUUCCUGUUGCUUAUUUACUUGUACUUCAUACUUGUGUCUAUAUAUUUGAAAGUCCAUUUCUAAUUUGCAUUGUUUUAUAUGUCCGCUAAACUGGUCAUAUCACAAUAAACAUAUAAAGUAGAAAUGUGUGUAUGGUCUUACAUGCCUUGAAGGGUGGCACUGUUUGCCUGUCAGUGCUUGGAAAAUGAAUCAUGGGCCAUGUAACUGUAUGUAUAAUUUCAUUGCGACACAACAUCAGUGCAUGAUGAUAAAGCAGAGGUUUUCAAAGAAAAUAAUAGCAUAAAAUUGUGAAAAUAAUAAGUCGAUUAACAGAAUUAAUGUUAUUAUAUUGCUAGUCGUAGUUUUAUGUUUCUCUAUAAAAUGGAUAAAUAAUUGCAAUAAUAAACAUAAAAGUGAACAUUUACAGAACUGAUUAUGCUGUUGUUAGUCAUAGUUUUAGUGUUUCGCUUCAGAAAUAAAAUAAUGAAAAAUUAAAUAAAAAAAUAAGCUGAAUAAUUGUUAUAUCAUGUAUUUUAUUUAAAUAUUUUUUUUCUACUGAAUAAAUAAAUACAAGUUAAUAUUUACAGAGCAUAUUUUGUUAUUAUAUUGUAGGGCUGUCGCGAUUCGUCGAUUAUAUUCGACUAUUAAAUUUUAAAAAUCCUCGACUGCAUUUUGCUCGCGUCGACUAAAAUACCGGAAGUGGUAGACAUAUUUCUAAUAAUAUACGUCUUGUAUUGGAUAUGUUGGACUACUCUGAUCUUAUUGAAGAUGGUGCCAUUAUUCUGUUCCUAGACUUCUAUAAGGCAUUUGACUCUAUUGAACAUGAAUUUAUAUAUACAGCCUUAGAUAAAUUUGGAUUUGGAUUCAAAUUUAAGAAUAUGGUUAGAACUAUAUAUAAAGAUAUAAACAGUAGUAUUUCCUUUGCAGAAGGUAAGCGCUUCGUACUUAGUAGAGGUAUUCGACAGGGUCGCCCAUUUCCCCCUUUUUGUUCUUAAUUGCAGCAGAAUUGUUUAUACUGUAAAUUGUAUCAAUGUUGAGGGUAUAAGAAUAGGUGAUAAUGUUAUUUUAACAUCUCAGCUAGCAGAUGACACAUGUAUUUUUCUUAAAGAUGAAAGCCAGGUUCUGAAUUUUUGAAAGGACUGGAUCUUUUUUCAAAGGCUUCAGGCCUCCUAAUCAACACAGACGAGAGUGAAAUACUUACUGUUCAUGACUCAAUUGACUCUCUUUUGUUCAAAUUUAUUUGGAAAAACAAGACAGAAUAUAUCAAAAGGACAACAAUGAUUAGGGACCACACUGAAGGAGGCUUUAAUGCUAUCGAUUUCACAACUCUCAACCAAGUGUUUAAAAUCAACUGGGUCAAACAAUGUUUGCUCGGAGGAAAUGCUCCCUGGUUUUUCAUUCCAAACUUAUUGUUUAACUGUUGUGCAUGGGGCUUAAAGUUUUUGCUAGGUUGUAAUUUUAAAUCUAAUAAGUUACCAAACAAGUUAUCAGAUUUUCACAAGCAAGCACUGGAUUCUUGGAAACUGGCUUUUAAGCAUAAUUUUUCACCUCACAAAUGUAUUGUGUGGAAUAAUCAAUAUAUUCUGUAUAAAAACAGGACGAUAGUUAAUAAAGAAUGUGUAGAAUUAAAUAUAUGGAAAUAAAUAUAGGAGCCUGAUAGAAAAUUUCAGAUGGCAUUUAGAGGCUUUUGCAUCUGAACUCUUCAUAUAAUCUUUAUUUGAAAAUGUAUAGACACUGAUGGGACUCUGAUUAGUUAUGAAAAAUUCUGUAAGGAAAACAGUAUUGAUAUUACUCGUAUAGAAUUUUUGAGAAUAAUUAAUGGCAUUUCGCCUAAGCUUCUACAGUUUAUUAAAUCAUCUUUUACAGUACUCUUCUGUAAAGGACGACAUUCCUCGUUUAAUGAUAGGUGGUAUUGAUUUGUUAGAUAAAAAAUGCAAUAAUAUUCAUAUCAGAAGAACAUUACUCUCCCCAAAGCACUGUCUUCAUGGAAACGGAUGUAUGCUUCUUUAUCUUUGUGUAACAUCUGUUCAUAAUAAUUUUGUGAUACCAAACGAGGUUAAAGAAAUUCAUCAUAAAAUCCUUCACAAUUUCUACCCCUGUAAGUUAUUUUUAUCUAAGUUUAUGGAUAUUCACCCAGAAUGCUCUUUUUGUGGAUCUGAAAAUGAAUUUGUUCUUUAGAUGUCCCUUCACAGUACAGGUCUCCAAACAAAAAAAUCGAGUACAUUUUUUUUAGGUGCCACAGAAUAAACGCGUUUUAUUUAUUUAUUUAUUUUUUUUACAUUUUGACAUUUCAAUCAUACAGUCAUGUGUUUGUCUACUCUUUUCUUGACUUUAUCAGCAUUUUAAUCCAUCUUGUAGAUGACCUGGGAACUAAGGUUCACUUAAAGUGGGAACUAAAUGUCUUUUCCAACUUGAAAUAUACAGUCACAAAGAAUUGUUUAUUACACAGAAUCUGUACCAAUAUCAUGGACCAUAAGAACUUUUAAGUAAUUGCAAUUUAAUAAAUUUAAGUUGGUCCAACUUAAAAUAAAAAGUGAACAACACAUUUUCAAACUGUUAUUUGUCAGUGUAACUCAGAAUUGUCAAGUUCACUUAAUGUAUUUCUUUAAUUAUGCAUUAAGUUGGCGCUUUAGGAGCAAAUAUAGCGGCUUCUCCGAGAUAGGUAUAAACGGAGGUUGGAGCCAGCUCCAAAUGGGCGGGACUUGUUAAUAUUCCCUACACCAAACUCAUAUUUAUUCAAUGACAUCAUUGCCUUUUGAAGUUUAAUCCAGCUGUAUCGAGGUUCUUGUCUUUCCAUCCUUGAAAUUAUAAUUAAGACUUCUCUUAUACCAUUUAACAUGUAUAAAAUUUACGGCCAUAAAAAGUUUUAAAUAAGUAAAUUGAGAGGUUUUUAAGGACCCACAGUAUUUAAGUUAGCCCGCUGGGCAGGGCAGGGAUACAUUUUGGUAGCCCAACUGGAAAACGCAAUAACCCCGCGAUUUUGCGAGCCCUGGGUUUCCUCAAUUUUUUUAAGAAAAGUCAACUGAUCGCUUUUUACAGUGUUAGUUUGGGCUCCUACUCAAUGCAUCCUAUAUAAAUGUUGUCAAAUCUUUCACACAUCCAGUUGGUUUUUGCAUUUUUUAUCAUGUAGACAACAGGUUAAGUAAAAAUAUUAAUAUGCAAGAGCGAAUAAAUAUAGCAAAAUGCUCCUCUUUAUAAUUAUUUUUCUAGCUGACUGAUGAGCUUAUGGAUGGCCAGUGGUUAGGUAUUGUUACGUGGCAUUGUUUACAAGCUUUACAAGAUUUUCACAGUUUGACACAGAAUGAGCGACAUUUCAAUAAGUGUAGGCUCUCUUAUAAAAUAACCUACCUUAUGAUAUUAAUUCACAUUCAUUUCAUACUAUAACAGAGAAAGAUAUAAUGGGUUCACUUGCCGCUUGAACUGAGGCGCUAAAGCGAUUGCGCCUGUUGCAUUAAAGAGCGCCAAAACAGUAUUUAUUUUAUGAAUUUUGUUAUGAAUUUGGCAGAAUGUUAAAGCUGAUACUUUGUUUAUUAAAAAGUAACAAAGGACAAAGCUUAUUGUGAUUACUGGACGGCAAGUGCGCUGCAAACAGGCUAAUAUAAAGUUCACGCAUUUACAGAACUCAGCAUACAGACUAAAGAUCUUGAUAACAAGAAGCCAUAUUAGCAGGGGUGCACAUAAGUUUUUCAGCCUGGCUCUCAUAUGAGAACCUGGAGAUUUGGUUUGGUCCUCACACGGGCUAUGGCAUGUAGUGUGACCCAUAAAAUAUAACUCUAAAAAAAAUUAUUAAUAAUAGUGAUAAUAUUAUUGCACUUUAUUUCGUUUUUUUAAUUUUUUUUUUAUAAAAUAACUAACUAAAAAUAAUGAACAAAAUAAUCAAGUGUGAUAAUACUAUUUUAUUUUAAAAUAAAAAGGGAGUAU